GUUCCGUCUGCAUGUCAAAUAGAAGUUAACCACAUUUACAAAUAUUCCACUCAAAUGAAUUGUCAAAAUUGUUAUUAAGUAAAUGUAUUGUAAACACAUGCAUUUCGUUCACUUACAAUUGCAAAAGCAAACAAAAGAAUAGAUUUUAGCUGUAUACAUUGAUAGCAAUAGCCAAAAGUAUCGAUAACAUAUCGGUAUCAACACACCGCUCCACUUUCCACUGAAUAGCAAUUUGUGAAGAAGACAUUGCUGAUUUCUUUGCAUAAGCAAUUAAAUAAAACGAAAGAAAUAGAGAGAAAUAUACAUACGAAACAGCAGAAUGGAGUCGACAAAUGGUAGGAAUGUGGCAUUGCUCGUACUUUGCCUGUGCGCCUGCUACGCACUGGCCUUUGAGGGCAAGGAAAUACCGGCCACCAAAUUCGGGCAAAGCGUUGCGCCAACGAUGACUUUUCUUUAUUGUUACUCAUGCGGCUACCGCAAGGCAUUCGAGGACUAUGUGAAUAUACUGGGUGAAAAGUAUCCACAGAUACAGGUGCAUGGCGACAACUAUGAUCCGCCCGGCCUUAAUUAUUAUCUCUCUAAGCUGAUUUUCGCCCUCAAACUGAUCAUCAUAAUUUCCGUGGUGAGUUCGACGAGUCCGUUCGCCUGGCUGGGCAUGAACACGCCGGGCUGGUGGAGUCACCUGCAGGCCAAUAAGAUCUACGCCUGCAUGAUGAUCUUCUUUCUGGGCAACAUGCUCGAGGGCCAGCUGGUCUCGUCGGGCGCCUUCGAAAUAACAUUGAACGAUGUGCCUGUUUGGUCGAAAAUUCAAACGGGUCGCUUUCCGGCGCCGGAGGUCCUAUUUCAAAUAAUCGACAAUCAGCUGCAGUUCACCGAGAACGUGCAGGAGAAUCCCGACUUUGUUAAAUAAUAAUAGUAUAUGUAAUUCAGUGCGAUUCGAGCAGGAGAGAAGCGCCAAACUUGAUGGCCUUUAGAAGAACAACACCAAAAAUAUAAUAAAUGGAAAGAAAGGGUUACAACUGGAACUGGACAAUUGGACAAUUGGGUUGGGAUUUAAGUCAACGUGCAUAAUUCGAUUUAUCCUCUUGGUUUAUAUUGCGUAAAUAAUUAUGUAUGCAUAUUUUUGCUUUCAAUUUCUGUAUAAUGUGUACUACCUCUAUAUUAUAUCUGUAUCAUCUACAAAUUCCCUCUUUCCUCCCCAGAAAAAAUUUGUGUAUUUAAUUUAGUCUCAAUAGUUUGUGUAUGCACUCUGUUUUAUGGUUUAUAUCAAAUAAUGUAACACUUGUAAAACUUGUUAAUCGCAGAUGCUACCAAAUAUAUGCAAAGGCGUAUCCUUUUACAUUCCAUUA